UCUCCUCUUUCCUUCCAGCCCAUUCACUACCAGAUCCCCAGCCUCUACUGCUCCUAUGAGACCAAUUCCAGCCCCUACCUGCUACUCCAGCCCAUCCGGAAGGAGGUCAUCCACCUACGGCCCUUUGUUGUUCUCUACCAUAAUUUUGUCAGUGACUCGGAGGCUCAGAAAAUUCGAGAGCUUGCAGAACCUUGGCUCCAGAGAUCAGUGGUGGCCUCAGGAGAAAGGCAGUUACAAGUGGAGUACCGCAUCAGCAAAAGUGCCUGGCUGAAGGACACCGUUGACCCAAUACUGGGGACCCUUGACCACCGCAUUGCUGCCCUCACAGGCCUUGAUGUCCAGUCUCCCCAUGCAGAGUAUCUCCAGGUGGUGAACUACGGGAUCGGAGGACACUAUGAGCCCCACUUCGACCAUGCAACGUCGCCAAGCAGCCCCCUAUACAGGAUGAAGUCUGGGAACCGAGUUGCUACAUUUAUGAUCUAUCUGAGCUCGGUGGAAGCUGGAGGAGCCACGGCCUUCAUCUAUGCCAACUUUAGCAUGCCUGUGGUUAAGAAUGCAGCACUGUUUUGGUGGAAUCUGCAUAGGAAUGGUGAGGGGGAUGACGACACACUUCAUGCUGGCUGUCCUGUCCUAGUGGGAGAUAAGUGGGUGGCCAACAAGUGGAUCCACGAAUAUGGACAGGAAUUCCGCAGACCCUGUAGCUCCAGGCCUGAAGACUGAAGUGUUGGCGGGGAGCAGCUGUGAAAUCCUGGGGCCAGGGAAGGAGAGGAGGGAGAGAACCACUUCGUGGAAGAAGGCCCUGUCAGCAUUGCUGGCUCCUUGCAAAUGGGAGGCAGU